AUGAUUACAUUGGAUUUGGCUAAAAUCAGUGAUAAUCAAGGUUCGACUUGUGGUGAUUGUUCUCGUGUGGGGGCUGUUGAUGUCAGUGAUGUUGUUGUUUCUGAUGAAUGUGAUAGUUCAAUAACAAACUACACGUUGUCUCCUGGUGGUCAGAAGUAUUAUUUACCAAGUUCUGUUGACUUAGUUGAGUUGCCGUUUCCUAAUCAGGUGUUUGAUAGUUUAGACAAGGCGUUUAAGUUUUAUAAGGAGUAUGGAAGGUUGGGAGGUUUUGAUGUAAGAAAGGGAACGGAGAAAAAGGAUGCUGAUGGGACGAUUAUUUUGAAACACUUUGUUUGCAGUAAAGAAGGUUAUAAUGUAGCUAAUUUUGGCAGUGAAGAAAAGGUUGGUAAAAUUGUUAAGGAAAGGCGUACGGGGUCUCGUAGAUGUGGAUGCAAAGCGAAAAUAGUUGUCAAGAUUAUGAGUCUUAAUAGGUAUUUUAUAUUGAAUUUUGUUGAGUCGCAUAAUCAUCCUUUAGCUAGUGAAGACGGUCGGCAGUUUUUGAGAUGUAGUAGAGAUAUGAGUAUUAGUUUGCGGAAUAUGGUUUUUGAUGCUAGUAAGGUUAACAUUGGAUGCAGCAAGGCUUAUAGUUUGGUAAAGGAAAUGGCUGGUGGUUAUAGUAAUGUAGGUGCAACCUUACGUGAUUUUAGAAAUUUCAGUCGUGAUUUGAAAGAAUAUGUUGGUGUAAGAGAUGGUCAGAUGGUAAUAGACAACUUCAAGGUUAUGCAGGAGACUUCGAAAGCUUUUUAUUUUGCUUAUGAAUUGGAUCCAGAUGGACAUUUAAUCAUGCUGUUUUGGGCUGAUCCAACUGGUAGACGGAAUUUUGAAAUAUAUGGAGAUGCCGUGUCCUUUGAUGCCACAUUUGAUACGAACAAGUAUAAUAUGAUUUUUGCGCCGUUUACCGGUGUUGAUAAACAUGAUCGAUGUGUUACAUUUGCUGCUUGUCUUUUAGCAAAGGAGGAUGUUACUCAUUUUAGCUGGGCAUUUAGGCAUUUUGUGAAGGCAAUGGGACGUAAUCCAGUUGUUUUGAUUACUGAUCAGUGCCCUGCGAUGAAGAUAGCUAUCCCUGAUUGUUUUUCUUCUGAAAAUGGAUUAGUUGCUAGCAAGCAUCGUCUAUGUAUGUGGCAUAUUAUGCAAAAAUUUCCAAUUAAGCUUGGUAACCGUUUGUGCAAGGAGACUGAUUUUAUGGAGAAAAUGAAGGCUUAUAUUUGGUCAUCAACAUUGGAGGUUGAAGAAUUUGAAAAUGGCUGGAAAUCUGUUAUUAAAGAGUUUAAUCUUGAGGAAAACAAGUGGCUAUCUGAUAUGUAUGAGAUGAGGGCAUCAUGGAUCCCUUCAUAUUUUAGGGACAGUCCAAUGUUUGGUUUGUUGAGAACAACAAGUAGGUCUGAAAGUGAAAACUUUUUUUUUGGCCAUUUUCAUAGACAGAGUGAUACAUUGUGCGAGUUUUGGAUACGGUUUCAGAGUGCUAUGGAUAGGCAACGGAAUGAAACAAAGAGACUAGACCACGAGUCGAAUUCUAGCAGUCCAUCAACGUUGUCAAGAUGGUAUAUUGAAAAUGAUGCUGCUGACAUCUUUACGCGUGCAAUUUUUUACAAGCUUCAGGAAGAAAUUUUAGCAUCGUGCUUGGAAAUGCAGAUUAAGAAGAUGAGUGAAGAUGUUAAUGGAGUCAUUCAUCUUGAAAUUAGAGAUGUGAAGGUUAAGGACAAAAUUUUUAAGGUUUCCGUUAGUAAAGCUCAUGCUGUAUGUUCAUGUCAGAAAUUUGUUAUGUGUGGAAUAGUAUGUAGGCAUGCAUUCUGUGGCUUGAAGCAAAUAGGCGUUACAAAAUUUCCUAGAAGCCUCGUGCUUAACAGAUGGAUGAAAAUCGCUGAGUGUGGCAGUGGAUCAGAUGUUGAUCUGGUAUCUAAUGACUAUUUCAAGAUGGAGAGAGUGUCUUUAAAGUUGUCAAAUAUAUGGUUUGAUUUUCGUCAAACGGUUAACAAUGCUGGUAUUGAUUUAGAGAAACUUGAAUAUGUGCACAAAGCUAUAAAGGAAAUAAAUGCUGAGCUUGAAAAAUAUGGGGGUGAUGCUGCUGAGUUUAGUAAGAAAGAUCAUAUUGCAUCUAUUCUUGGUGAACAGCCAGUUGGAGAACUUAAUAUUCUUGUACCAAACAUUUCAAAGAACAAAGGUAAUCAUUUCAAGAGGUUGAUCAGUGACCGGGAGAAAGCAUUGAAUAAAUCGAAGAAAAGGAUUAGAAGAUGCAAAGAAUGCUCUGCGACGACUCAUGAUUCUAGAACUUGUCCAAAGAAAAAAGGAGGAAUAGAAACAAAUGUGUGUUAA